AUGGAGUUAUCAUUAAAAACCAAACCACCAGUGGAGGAGAGGGCAGGUGAGCUCAGCUCGCCUGCGGUAAUAGUUUUAGAGAGCCCUAGUGGCUCUGGUGCCCGUGGGGAGGCGCUGGACGAAUCCAGCAGGCCCAACACACGGGCUUCAAGUCGGAGGGAGUCGGGCGCGGAGUCCGACUCAUCUGCAUCGGCCGUGAGCGGAAACUCAAAACGUGUUACAAGGGGGACUUUUGAACGUCCCAGGGUGGAGGAUGGCCAGGGACAUUCUUCGUCCUCCAACACGCAGGGGCCUCCAGACCCUCCUAAAAUCCCCACGACCGCGCGGGGUAGAGGCAGAGGGAAAAGAAAGAGGCUGGCACACACUGCACAGUCCGAGCCAGCUGAGCAACUGGCCGCUGAGAGUGGCGCCUUGCAAAGUGGCGCCCUCUCGGACUCCUCCGUAAUGGAGGUAAUAGAGGUCGCGGGUUUGGAGGGCGAGGCAGAGAGUUCUGUGGCGCUUCGCCAAACUAUCAGAGAGGAGCUGCGCAGGGUGGCUGGCAAAAAAUGCCAGUCUGCACAAUUAAAGUCCGUGGAGGCGAGCAUUAUGGCGGCAAUAUUUGAGGUGUGCAGCGUGCCUUCGGCGGCUAAAGUGCACCAAGAGCUGGCAGAAAUGCGGCGGGAGUUGGUGCGCUUGUCGGCCUCUAAUGCGCAUCUGGAGUCCGAACUCCGGUGCGCCAAGGCUGACCUCGCCGUUUGCCGAGGAAGGCAACCUCAAGCUUCGACGGAGACCGAAUUGCUGGGGCUGGUGCGUAGAGAGAUGGCAGUUUUCCAGCAGCGUUUCGACGUGCUGGAGAGUAGGUUCCUCCGUCCUCCGCUAGCGGCCUCGAGCUCAUAUGCGGCUGGGUCCUCGACCUCUUCGGGUCAGUCUGGCCACGGCGCUCAACCACGGGCAAAAACACGUGCGGCUCCCGCAGCGAGAGCCCCAGCGCCUCCACCUGUGCAGGCUCCCGUUGCACAGAUGGCAAACGGGACAGUGGAACAAGUUAAUAAAAAAAAGAGGAGGGGCACAGCGGCUCAGCAGACUGCCCCAGCCACAAGCGAGCUUAUCCCACCGACAAGGGAUUUAAGUGGUAGUGAGUGGCAAGUGGCCGGCGAGGCGAGGAGGGUCGCCAAAGAAGCGAAGAAGCGCCGCAAAAAAGCGCAGCAACAGCGGCGGCAGCAGCAGCGAAAAGAAAAGCACCAUUCCACUGAGGACUUCUCGUUAUAA